AUGGAAGGAACACAGCUGAAGGAAGAAGAUGAGGCUACAUACCUAGGAAUCACAUUUGACAAGAGGCAAACUUGGAAGCCACAUAUCAGCCGUAUUGAAGGAACCGCCAGAAGGAAACUUGCUUUGAUGCGCAAACUUGCUGGAACAACAUGGGGUGCUAAUGAGCAAAUAUUGAAAACCAUAUACCAGGGCACAGUGAGACCCACAAUGGAAUAUAGCUCAGCAGCAUGGUCCACUACAGCCAAGACCAACCAGCAAGCCCUCGACAAGGUACAGAACCAAGCACUGCGAAUCAUAACAGGGGCCACCAAGUCGACACCCAUUGCCUUCAUGGAAAAACUUACUGGUAUACAGCCACUGCAUGAAAGAAGACAAACUAAAGUACUACUACAGGCUGAAAAGUUCAAAUCCCUACCUGACCAUCCAAUAAAAGCUAGAUUAACUGAAGGUACUAAAAACCGGCUGAAGAGAGGUAGCUUUGUACACCAAGUGAAGACACUUAACAGACAGUUUGCACAACAGCUGGACACUCAAACAACUCCACUCAGCUCUGAAGACAUUGUUAAUCCAACAGCAAAUGAUCUGUCAAAAGUACAAAUCAGACUUACUGUCCCCCUACUUGAUUCAGAAGCACAAAAUGAAAUCCUGAAAAGAAGUCAUACCUUAGCCAUGAUAAACGAGGAUUUCCCAUCAGAUCUGUGGACACAUGUAUACACAGACGGAUCAGCUACUAGAGCCGUUGAAGACGGAGGAGCUGGGAUCCUCAUCAGAUAUCCAUCAGGCAGAAAUGAAACACACUUCAUGGCCACAGGAAAGAGGUGCAGCAAUUACAAAGCUGAGACAGAAGCACUCAUUAAGGCAGCCUCUAUGAUUGAGAACUCACCUGAAGAUACCACUUCAGUAGUAUUCCUCACAGGUGCAAGAUCAGUCCUUGAAGCUCUGACAAACAACACCUCCCCAAAACUAGCAAAACUUAUGACAAGACUCAGCAAUAACCUCAACAUAGCACUCCAGUGGAUACCUGCCCACUGUGGAGUGUCAGGAAACGAGGAGGCUGACCAACUAGCUAAACAGGGAGCAAAAACAGAGCAACCAAAUACCCAGGUUACAUACAGAGAGAAAGUCAGCAUCAUAAAGGCAAUCACCAGGCCCCAGCAAGAGCAAGAUGCUUAUCACCUGCUUAACAGAGCAGAACAAGUAGUGAUGGUUCGACUACGCUCAGGACACAACAGACUGAAUGCCCACUUGUACAGAAAAUACAAGCUGGUACCCUCACCACUCUGUCCAUGUGGAGAAGAGGAACAAACUGCUGAACAUGUUCUUCAAAGAUGCAAAAGACACGAUCAGGAGCGAGCUGCGGAGUGGUCCGAAGACACAACCCUCAACAGAAAACUGUAUGGAGGUCUGGAAGAUCUAAGACGGACUACAACAUUCAUUGCAGAAACUGGCAUGAUUGUGUAG